GAGCGUCGGCGGCCGGGGCUCGGCGGGGCCGCGGCCAUGGCUUCCGGCGGCUGGCGCUGGGCUCGGAAGGCGCUGGCUGCCGGGCGGCCGCUGUUCCGGGGCCGCGCGCUGCUCGUCACCAACACGCUGGGCUGCGGCACGCUCAUGGCCGCGGGCGACGGCGCGCGGCAGGCCUGGGAGGUGCGCGCGCGGCCGGGACAGAGCUUCAGCGCGCGGCGCUCAGCCAGCAUGUUCGCGGUGGGCUGCAGCAUGGGCCCCUUCCUGCACUUCUGGUACCUGUGGCUGGACCGCCUCGUCCCCGCCGCCGGCCUGCGCAGCCUCCCGAGCGUGAUGAAGAAGGUCCUGGUGGAUCAGGUGGUGGCGUCUCCCAUUCUGGGCGUCUGGUACUUCCUGGGCCUUGGCAGCCUGGAGGGCCAGACGCUGGAGGAGAGCUGCCAGGAGCUGCGGAGCAAGUUCUGGGACUUCUACAAGGCUGACUGGUGCGUCUGGCCAGCUGCUCAGCUGGUGAACUUCCUGUUCGUCCCGUCACAUUUCCGAGUCACCUACAUCAACGGGCUGACGCUGGGCUGGGACACCUAUCUCUCCUACCUGAAGUACUGGGACCCUGAACCCCUUCCGACUCCAGGCUGCGCAGCGGACUGAGCUGGAAGGCUGGAAGCGCUGUGGAUGAGUAGGUGGAUGGCCGCACUCCCCUAGGAGGUUCCGGGGCAGGCCAGAGCUCUGGGCCUGUCCAAAGCCCAGGCUGACUGACCUGGACCAGCCGCCCCUCGGAGUCCACGUGGACAGUUCCCACGUGGAACAGCCUCCAGCACCGGCUGUCAGUCGCCAGGUUUUUCAGUCGGACCAAGCAGUCCCGUCAGCCUGCAGUUGUGACUCUGGCUCGAUUGCGGCCCAAGCAGUCCCCUGAGGUUCCCUGGACCCCAGGUGACAGAGGCAGAGAUGUGCCCUACGGCCUUGGAAUGGGGUCUGGUUUGGCCUCAAAAAACUUCAUGCGAGGUUGGGCAGCCGUGUGGAAAUGUCAUUAAAUCCUCUUUAAUCACAA